ACUACUAAUAAUACGUAUCAUUUUUCGAUCUAGAGUAACCUUUGUGAGGGCAAGCGUUCAAUAAUUGAUUUUGAGGGCUGCUGCAUUUACCGGCAUUGCUCGCACCAAACGGCUAAUUCCGGCAUUUAACAAUUAUCUCUACACCAAAUAUCUGUAUUGGUUCCUGCACCCACCGGCAAAAGAAAAAGCAGCUAUUACAACUUUCCACCACCCGCCAAUUUUACCAUCCAACAUGCCGCACCACAACAAUCACCAUGAUGAUGAUGAUGUGAUUUUAAUUCCCCACCCUUGUUCAUAUCGUGGACGUUCUUCGAACUCAUCCAAAUCGGUGUGUGCGGCCUAUUGUGAUUGUGAAUUUCCCAAAUCGACAAUAGUGGCGGGUUAUAAGGGUCAUGUUCCAGAUUUGAUAAAAUGUCGUUGUGGUGAAGAUGAUCCGGCAUAUCAUUGCAUCAAUUGGCAUUGGCAUCAGCAGUCGGAAUUAGAUAUCCAUUUGGAGGGACCUAAUGUGACAUUCCAUCCAACCUACUCACAGGGAACUGCCAUUGUAAGGGGUGAAGAGCCUCUGGCACCGAAUAUGAUGCAUUUCUGGGAAAUGCGUAUACUCACAGCACUGUCCGGCACAGAUGUGAUGUUCGGCGUGGGCACGGACAAGGUCGAUUUAACCCAAUUCAAAUUCCAUUUCGUUUCGGCCUUGGGAACAAAUGCCCAAUCGUGGGGCUUCUCCUACGAGGGUAAAAUCCAUCACAACGGCUAUCAAUUGCCGUAUGGACAAAAAUUCUCUCAGGGCUGUAUAGUAGGAGUCCUGUUGGAUCGAACACGAGGACAGUUGGAAUUCUUUUUAAAUCGUCGUUCCCUUGGUGUAGCUUUCACUAACAUACCCACCGAUCCCAGUGUUAAAUUAUAUCCCAUGAUCUGUUCAACAGCAGCUAAAUCAUCAAUACGUCUCAUCAAUGCCACCUCCCAACAUGAAUGCCUACAGCUGAGAGCUUUUCGAGCUGUUUCGAAACAACCCAAAGCCAUGGAAGAGCUAAGACAAUUGCCGGGCCUAAAGACGAUCAUGAAUGAUUAUUGGUUCCUUGCACCGCCCGUACGCUACUCGCAAGAAAGUAAAAAUUCUCAAAUCGAUAUGCUCGAUGAGGCAGUGCUGUCGAAGAAUCGACGAGGCCGCAAACAAAAAUACAAAGAUGACGAUGUUGAUGUCAAUGAUCUCUAUAGCAAUGCCCACAAAAUUGCCCUGCACCACCGCGCUGAAAGUGAUGAGGAGCCAGCUCUAAAUGAGUAUUUUGAUGAAUAUUUUCAUUAUCUUUUCUAAGCAGCCUUCCACACUACUGCACCAGUGCUUCGGCCUAGUUGUGAUAUGCUUUACUCCCCCUUUGACCUUGUGUGAAUUUUAGUUAGGUUUUGUAGAACUAUACUUUGAAUUGUGUUCAUUUUUCAUUUUAUGCCCAAUGAAGAAUAAUUUGCUUUUAGUCAUUAAAAUAAGUCAUUGUUAAGCUGUUUCCAUUAACCUUAGGACUUACGUUUAAAUAAAAGAAAUAUUAAUUUAAAA